CUGAAAACUCCAACUGAUCAGACAUUCAGACCAUGGCAGCAUCAGAAAUGGCGGCUCUUUUCUUUUUGUUCAGUUCUCUGCUGAGAAGUCCUUUUGUUCAGAGUCAAGGACUGCAGACAGGAUUCUACGACUACAACUGUCCUGAUGCAGAGGAUAUUGUGAGGUCUACCGUCGAACAGUACUACAACAAAGAUGCCACCAUUGCCCCAGGCUUGCUCAGGCUACACUUCCAUGACUGUUUCGUUCAAGGAUGUGAUGCAUCAGUUUUGAUUUCUGGAGCCUCUUCUGAAAGGACUGCACCACAGAAUUUUGGUCUCAGAGGAUUUGAGGUAAUAGAUGACGCUAAAUCCCAGCUGGAAGCCGUGUGCGCUGGGGUGGUGUCUUGUGCUGAUAUAUUGGCUCUCGCCGCACGUGAUGCCGUUGAUCUGACUGGCGGGCCAAGCUGGUCAGUGCCGCUGGGAAGAAGAGAUGGAAGAAUUUCGUCGGCUUCUGGUGCCAAUGCCUUGCCAUCUCCUGCUGAUCCUGUAUCUGUUCAGAGGCAGAAGUUUGCGGAUCUAGGCCUGACAGACCAUGAUCUCGUAACGUUAGUUGGUGCUCACACCAUCGGGCAGACGGACUGCCAGUUCUUCAGUUACCGCCUGUUCAACUUCACGGCGACGGGCAACGCGGACCCGACGAUCAGCCAGGCGUUCCUGCCGCAGCUCCGGGCUCUCUGCCCGCCCAACGGCAACCCUGCCAGGCGGGUGGCGCUCGACAGGGACAGCCCGGGAGCGUUCGACGUGAGCUUCUUCAAGAACGUCCGGGACGGCAACGCCGUGCUGGAGUCGGACCAGCGGCUGUGGAGCGACGCCGCGACGCAGGCCGUCGUGCACAAGUACGCGGGCAACAUCCGGGGCCUGUUCGGGCUCAGGUUCACCUACGAGUUCCCCAAGGCCAUGGUCAGGAUGAGCAGCAUCGGGGUGAAGACCGGCAGUGGCCAGGGCGAGAUAAGGAAGAGGUGCUCUAGGAUCAACUGAGGCUCCACUUGGAACGCGGGAGUUUUACCAAAUUCAUGCAGGAAUUGAACUGUUUCCUACGUCACAAACCAAGCCGGGCUUGAGUGAGGCCAGCAAACGGUGCUAGCGCAGUGAUGCCAGUAGUAAUUUGGAAGAAGAUGUGCUGUACGUUGCUUUUCACUUUCUCUCUGUCUCUCUCUGUAUGUGAAGUCUCGACUGUUUCGUCCAACUGUCCAAGCAUCCUGUGUGCCUAUCAUGCACAGAUGCAUUCUGCAGUGCAGGCUGAUAUAAAAUUCGGAAUACAUAUGUUUUGCGUUUGUGUUAUCAUGAAU